GAUGCGUCCGACAUGCGCCGCCUGGGAAAGCAACAACAGUUCGACCGAAACUUCAGCUAUCUCUCUACUCUAGGCUUUGUCUCUAUCUAUAUGUCAACCUGGGAAUAUGUGUUGAUAUCGUUAUCAACUGGCUUCACGAACGGCGGAUACGCAGGUUUAUUCUGGGUCUUCAUCGGAACGAUUGGCUGCUACUCUUCAAUUGUUGCAAGUUUAGCUGAAAUGGCUUCGAUGGCUCCCACUACAGGCGGGCAAUACCACUGGACAUCAGAAUUUGCUCCGAAAGGAUACCAGAAAAUACUGAGCUAUGCAAGCGGUUGGAUGAGCACACUGGGCUUGAUCGCCAGUGUCAGUUCGGGCAUGUUUGUUAUGGCAACCCUGCUUCAGGCGACCAUACAAGUUAUCAACCCAACAUUUGCCUUCACUAGCUGGAGCUCGACGCUCAUUAUGCUACUCUUCCUGGCGGUCUCAGCUCUGGUCAACACGAUGAGUGCGAAGUUCUUGCCACCCAUUCAAACUUUCAGCCUCUUCGCUCACAUGUUCGGGUUCAUCAUUGUUUUUGUUACAGUAUGGGUGAGAUGCCCCCGAAAUCCAGCCGCAGACGUCUUCCUGCAUGUUAUAAAUGGGAGUGGUUGGAAGGACGUCGGAAUUGCUUGUUUGAUCAGCCAGAUCACAGUUCUGUUUUGCAAUCUAGGAUCCGAUUCAAUAGUCCACAUCUCAGAAGAGGUCGAAGAAGCAUCACUUGUUGUUCCGCGUUGUAUUUGGUGGUCAUAUCUAGUCAAUGUCGUCGUCGGGGUCCUCAUGCUUGUCGCUAUGCUCUUCAACAUCGGGCCUCUGCACCGAGUCCUCAACGCCGACGCCCCAUAUCUCAUCCUUUUCAAUAACACCGGAUCUACUGCGAUGGCCCUGUUUCUCACGGUAUAUCUCUUUGUGCUGAUUGUUUCGGGGAACGUUACUGGACUUGCCGCAACCUCUCGAGUACUAUGGGCAUUCUCACGCGAUCGUGGCCUCCCUUUCUCCCAGUGGAUUUCGCGUCUUGAACACAGCCACCAGGUUCCCAACAGACCAAUAUAUCUCACUGCUACCUUGAGUGGUGUCCUAUGCUUCAUCAACAUGGGCUCAACGUUUGCGUUCCAGAUCAUCAUCUCACUAACAAUGCUGGGUUUCCUCAGCACAAACAUGCUCGCCGUCGGCUGCCUGUUACUCAAACGCUCUAAGGGCGAACCUCUGCCACCCGCACGCUGGAGCCUGGGCCGUUACGGGUUUGCAAUCAACGCCUUCGCUUUCCUGUAUUCUGGAUUUGCAAUCAUAUUCGCAUGUCUACCUGCUACUCUACCAGUCAGUCCACGAACAGCUAAUUGGGCUCCGCUAGUAUGGGUCUUCAUUAUGGCCUUCGCUACAAUCUUAUACGUUGUUCAUGGAAAAUCAAGCUACAAACCUCCAGUUGAACUUGUCGAGAUCAGGGUACCAUCCGCUGUGGAAUAGUAAGGUGAAUAAUGCGCUACCAAGAAUAGGUAUCAACGGGUUAAAACCUAUGUUAAUAGAAG